AUGAAUCAUCAAUUUGGCAAAGAACCAAAAGAAGAUUACGAUCCAGUUACAAGUGAUGGAGUUUUUUUAUACGAUAAAAAAUAUUCACAUUUAACAGUUCAUUGUAAAGUAAAACCAUACGAUGUCUAUAUUGGACGUAAAAACCCAACAAUUAAAAAGAGUGUUCCAGAAGAUUUUAAAUGGGGUAACCCUUUUACUAUAGGUAAACAUGGUGAUCGUAAUCAAGUAAUUAAAAGAUAUAGGGAUUGGAUAUUUGCACCAGAACAAGAUGGAUUAUUUCAAUUAGCAAAGACUGAAUUAAAAGGUAAAACAUUGGCCUGUUGGUGUGCUCCAUUAAAUUGCCAUGGUUUUGUUUUAAAUGAAAUUGCAAACUCACCAAUUCAAAAUAAAAUUGACAAUAAUAAUAAUAACAAUAUUGACGAAAAUGAAAAACAACAAGAUAAUAACAAUAACAACAUAAAUAAUAAUGAAAUUGAUUUAAAAUUAGCACCAUUAACUAUGGCAAAUAUAAUAAAUAAAAAUAAUAAUCACUCACAAAAAUUUUCAAAAAAGUCAAGCAGUGUAUCAUUUCCACCAUUAUCAUCACCAUCUACAUUAAACAACAACAAUAAAGAAACAUCUCCAACAUUAUCCUCAUCUCCAUCUUCAAAACCGCCAAAUAAAAUUUCUUUUGCCGAUAUGAUUUCACAACAACAACAAGAUACAAAUAUAAAUAAUAAAAAUAAUAUUAACAUUAAUAAUAAUAAUUAUAAAACAUCAUCAUCAUUAUCAGCUGCACCAUCUUUAGAAUCGGAAAAUGAUUUUCCAUCAUUAUCAUCAAAAAAAAAGAAACUUUAA